AUGGCUAGUACUGCUUAUGUCUCUUAUUCAAUCUCAGCAAAUUCUACCCGAUCUCCAAGAACACCUCGUAAUAAACGUCGAUAUUGGCGUCGUAUUAUUGAACGGUCAAAUAAUUUAUCUUCACCAAUAUUACAACAACGACAACAAUCUUCUCCUGUUUGCGGACAACCUUGUAAAUAUCUGAUAUCAUUAUAUGAACCUUUAUCGUUUACACGAACAAAUAACAAUGUACCAUUUCAAUACCGGAUACCACACACACAACAGGAACAAAUGCUAAUAUCCUCUCCAUCGUUGGUAUUACCUGAUAUAAUUACUGACUGUAGUCGUUCAUCAGUACGUCGUACAUUACAAUUUAAUAACACAUCGUCUGAAUUUGCGUUAUCAUGUAAACAAAUUGCACAAGCACUCCGAUUAGUUGCCGAUCAAGUUGAUCGAAAAUAUUGUCAAGAAGAAAUGUUCAGUAAUGGAUUAACACAAAUGUCUGUACGAAUCGUUAUACGUUUACCACACAUACGAACAUAUAUUGGCACAUUAUGGUCAAAAUUGUACUUACAAUCAUUUUUAAACCUAUUAUUGGGUUCAACAUCGUUGUACAGAAUAUAA